AUGGGCUGUACGUCCUCGACGUCUAAACCAGGCGUUGCUGGCACUCAGGCAGGGGAAAAACAAAGCCAAGAACUUCGAUUGCUAGAUGAAUAUUCUGUGGGUCUCACCUUGGGCGAGGGGGCUUUUGGCGUCGUCUCAGUGUGCAAGAGACGGUCCACGGGGGAGGAGUUUGCAGUGAAGAUGGUGGACAAGGUUGAAACGCCAGUGGAAGCCAUCCGCAAGGAGGCUGAUAUGCUGGCGAGCAUGGACCACCCAAAUAUUGUCAAGUUUCACGGCGUCUACUAUGAGAGGUGCUUUGUGUGUAUUGUCAUGGACAAACUGGAUGGCGGCGACCUCGUAGAGGGACUGCAACGCCACCUCAAGGAGCGCGGUCAGAUUAAUUGCCUCGACGUGGUUCACGUCGCGUACCAGAUGGCUGCUUCCAUCCACUACCUCCACCAGAGGAACGUGGCCCACCGGGACGUGAAAGGUGACAACUACCUCAUGGACCGGAAGAACAUGACGGACAAGCAGUGCAAGAUCGUCCUCACGGACUUUGGCACUGCUUGUACCGCCAGCACCACCGAUCGGCUCUCUUCUGGAGUCGGAACGAAAAUCUUCUGGCCCCCAGAGUUCUUCGACCGCGACUACGGGCAGAAGGUCGAUGUGUGGGCCAUGGGCGUCAUCAUGUACGGUCUCGUUAGUGGCCGGUUCCCUUUCCGAGACGAGAACGACGUCAGGAACAAGGAAGUGCGCAUUCCGAAGCGAGUUCACCCAGUCUGUGAGGAGUUCAUUCGCAAGAUGCUCGAAAAGAACGAGAAGGCUCGGCUGAGCUCCUCGGAGGCCAUGGCGCAUCCUUGGAUCGCCGGCAAGUUCGGCAAGUCACCCGACGGUGGUGACAAGCCGGCAGAAGAGGAGGGCGACAAGGAGGCCGGCGUCAACGACGGCAUCAAGGAACGUCGUCAGGAGCUGAUCCUGCGAAUGAACCGGGAAGCCGACAGCCGCAAGGGCAUCGCAACGAAGAAGCAGCUCCAAAACCACAAGCACAAGAAGUUUGUGGUUGCAGACAAGAUCGUACAGGGCGGAAAAGCUUCUUACGAGUGGACGAGCGAGGAUCAGGUCAAGAAGGAGAAGCUCUUGGACUUCGAGAACCUCCAGCCAGCACCAAAGGACGAUCCCAUGGACCUGGCGAUGUUCCGGAAGACGUUGGUGGAGCACAACAUCGACGUCAGCCAGUUCGGCGUCGGCAAGGCAAAGGGAAUCGACCAGCUGGCCCGGGAAGUCGAAACUGGAGCUUCCAGGCUGAUGUUGGAUGCGCAGCAGCACAAGAAGCUCGUGCGCGUCGUGGACAUCGUCGUCCUGAAACUUCGCCCUGCGGACGGCUCGCGCCUCCUCGUGGAGUUUAAGGAGCAGUUCCCGGAUGGUCGCGAGCGCGAGACGCUGCGCCUGCCCGGCACGAAGAAG